GGCCGUCCAUGAUCACAUCGAGGACCUGGAGGACUGGACCGCCUACUGGAAUCAGCGUGCAGACACCGCUGCGGGGAAGCACAUGCUUUGCGACCUCCCGAUAUUUGGCGGAUUUGGGGGCUGCAUCGUGCCCACUAUCUGGACAGCUGCACUGCAAUCGACCGUUUUCGUGCGCUACAUCUGGAUGUCGCUGCGAAGUUAG